CUGUUGGUUAUAUUGCUUAAGCUUUGACACCUUGUAAAAUCCUUUUCUUAAAUUUGUAGUUAGCACUUUCAUUUCUUUAAUUUUUGCUCGACUUAGGAAUAUAUUAUCAAUAAUGAUUCACCUUGUUGUAAAACAUUGAUGUUCAUUAAAUUCAAUUUUACAAUAAAUUGGUGUAAAACAUUGAUGUUGCAGUCUUGCAGAAUGCAGAUAAGCUGAGUAAGCAACUACAGCAUCCCUUGUCUCACAUCUUUGUCCUAUUAUUUGAUACAGAAUGGAUCACUUAUUUUUGGCCCCAUCAUCCAAUUAAUAAAGUAGAAAAUAAUGAAAUAAUGUUAUUUGAGUACUGUUGCUUUCUCUACCAUUCAAUCCAUUCAACCUUUUAUGAUCAUAAAUCUAUAAUCCUACAUCACCUGCUCAUUUUCUUCAGAUUUAAUUCUGCAGAAAACCCCUCAUUGCACUUGGGUUUUCAUCAUAUUUUUUUGUAGUAAUUUGAUAGAAGAUAAUUUCUUCAGUUCAAUUAAGUUCUGGAAUUUUCUCAUCAUUUCAAUUAUGUUCAUACUUCAGAGAAGUUCCUUAAAUGUUCUUAUGUGCUGAACUUUUUCUCUCUUUUGGGUAUCUUUUUGCUUUUAUUAAUUUGUUAUACUUCCUUUUUGGUCAUUUCUGCUGACCAAUAGGCAAGCUAGGUUUGCAUCUUUCUAAUUAUCUAUGCAUCAAUUACUUCUAACUUGUCUUGUUUUGAAGUAGGAUCAUUAAUAUCAUUGUAUUGCGGAGUUGACUUUAUGUUCUAGUGCCACAUUUAUAUUUUCCGCACAUAAAUUUGCUGAUUCCAUUCAUUAAAUCUUAAGGGGUUGACUUUUUCAUCCCUCCACCCAAAAUGACUUUUGUAACUUACAUUGAUAUAUCUCAAUUUUUGAGCUGGUUAUUGUUUCCUUUGUCCCAAUUAUAGCAACAAAACCCAGAAGUUGAAUUCAUAUCUUUCACUAAUUUCUUGCACAAAUUAACAUCAUGUUUAUUUUGAUGGAGAAAGAGUGGCUGUUGUGCGUAUGUUGCUUGAUGUUUUGGGUAACAUGGAAUUAUAAUGUUGAAGGGCUUGGAGUCAACUGGGGAACUCAAGCUAAUCACAAAAUCCCUAUUAUAACAGUGGUACAAAUGUUAAAAAAUAAUGGAAUUCAAAAGGUGAAAUUAUUUGAUGCUGAUGAGUUUAUAUUAAGUGCUCUUAGUGGUACUAAUAUAGAAGUUAUGGUUGCCAUUCCCAAUGGUGAUUUGGCUGGCAUGCUUGAUUACAAGCAUGCUAAGAAAUGGGUUGAUAGAAAUGUUGUGCGUUACGAUUAUAACGGAGGAGUCAACAUCAAGUAUGUGGCAGUUGGGAAUGAGCCUUUCCUCAGGUCCUACAACGGUACAUUUGAGAAUGCUACUUUGCCAGCCCUUCAAAAUAUCCAAAAUGCUCUUAAUGAAGCCGGGGUAGGAGAUAGAAUAAAAGCAACUGUGCCUCUGAAUGCUGAUGUCUAUGAAUCACCAGCAUCCAAUCCUGUACCUUCAGCUGGAAGAUUCAGACCUAAUAUUGCUGAUCUGAUGACCCAGAUAGUCCAGUUCAUGAGCCAAAACAACGCUCCUUUCACUGUCAAUAUCUACCCUUUUCUCAGUCUUUAUGAAGACCCAAAUUUCCCAGUCAACUUUGCCUUUUUUGAUGGGGGAGCUACGCCAAUUGUAGACAACGGGAUUCAAUACACUAAUGUUUUUGAUGCGAACUUCGACACAUUGGUUUCAGCCUUAAGAUCGGUGGGAUUCGGGAACAUGCCUAUAAUUGUUGGAGAAGUUGGGUGGCCAACAGAUGGUGAUAUUCACGCUAAUAUAAACAAUGCUAUCAGGUUUUAUCGUGGCCUCCUUCCUAAAAUUUCUGCUAAUAUUGGUACUCCUCUGAGGCCUGGAAAUAUAGAGAUGUACUUGUUUGGACUCCUUGAUGAGGACGCAAAGAGUGUUGGACCUGGAUGGUUCGAGAGGCACUGGGGAAUUUUCCGAUAUGAUGGACAGCCAAAAUUUCCCAUGUAUGUUCAAAACCAGGAAAUUCAUCUUAUUGGUGCUAAAGGUGUGAAGUAUCUCACUAAUCAAUGGUGUGAAUUCAAUCCCAAUGCGAAGGAUCUAAGCAAGCUGGGAGAAAAUCUUAAUUUUGCAUGCAGUCGUGCUGAUUGUACACCUCUUGGGUAUGGAUCCUCUUGUCAAGGCUUGGAUGUCUAUGGGAACGCCUCUUUUGCAUUCAAUGUAUAUUAUCAGACUCAGUAUCAGGACUUUGAGGCCUGCAACUUUGGGGGCUUAGCAAGGAUAACAACUGCGAAUAUCUCAACAGCAACUUGCAAUUUCACUAUCCAGAUUGUUUCUUCUGGCUUGAGGACUGCAGCACCCAUGGUCUUUUCAUUGAUCACUGUGCUCACAUAUUUACUCUGAAUAAUUUGAUCAUGUGGAUAAUACUUUGUGCAGUUCCCUUUGGUUAUUGUUCUGCACAGCAUUAAGGUCAGUUUUAUGGAAAGCUUUAUUCUAGUUCUGAGAAUUUCAUUUUGUUAACUUCCUAUUAUUUGAUUAUCAAUUGAAAACGACAAUCAAUUUGUGUAAGUGUGCACCUUACUUUUUGGCUCUUAGAAAACUACUCAUUUUUGUCAUUGUUUUCAAA